GCAGAGAGGAGAAGAGCGAGAAAGACACACAGAGAGAGAAAGAGGAAGAGAGAUAGAGAGAGAGAGAGGAUGACAAUGAGCUCAGUGAUGUUAAUCAAAAACCUGCUGAGGAAGAGCAGCCGAGCGGCCUGCGUGACCAGAGAGGGACAAGCGCGUACAGAAAGGAUGGCUCGGAUAAAACACUCGACACACUACUAUGAAAGACAAAAUGUGACGAUUUCAAAGAAAGACACCGAGGCAUUCGGAUUUAAUAUAAGGACUUAUGAGAACAACACUACUGACAGCACCGAGCCGUUAACCUGCGUGUGUCUGGUGAAGGAGAGCAGUCCUGCAGAGAGCGCUGGGGUAAAGACAGGUGAUGUCAUCCUGAGUGUCAACAGCAUUUGUGUAGAAGGUUUCGACCAUCAGCAAAUCGUUGACCUCAUUCAGAAGAGCUCCUGCGUACUAAAGAUGGAGAUCGUUAGGGGAACGGCAGUUAAACAAAAGGAACUACAAAAGAAACGGGAAGAAUUACAGAGGCAGCUCAGAGAGAAGAGGGAGGAGCUGCAGACACUUAUCAUGCAGGAAGAGCGUCUGAGAGGAGGUGAGCUACGCUGCACGCAGUCUCCGUCACGCCUCGCCUCACCUCAGGACCUGACGCUCUCCUCUGGUCUUCUUCCUCUUCAAACCUAGAACUCUAAGACGACCUGAACCGUGUCUGAACCCUGUGCCUUAGGGCUUUUAAAGCUUAGAGCUGUUUGAGCAUCUUUGUUAAGAUGCGUUAAAGCUUGAAAACGCUUCAGCUAUAAACAAAAGUGCGGGGAUUCCAUGAAGUGUAAACACCUCUGUCUUAAAGCUUUGUCAGAACGUUACGGCUUAACCAGUGCCUGCUACAAAAUCCCCUGACACUGGAGACUCCUUCCCUAACAGAAGCACGUUAACGUCACCAUAUCAGUGAUUAUACAGUUUGUAGUCCGUCUGCUGUACAAGUCUCUCUAAAUGCAAACCUGUGAUUCGCAGCUGUUGUUUAAGACGACUCAUCACCCUCUGACCAUUCGGAUUUCAGUGCUGUUGUACUGUAUAUAACACAGGGUAUGACAUGACCAAGCAGUAUCCUUGUGUUUUCUCCUAUUUUUGUUAAAACGGGUUUAAAAAAAUGAUUUUAUGACUUUAUAUUUAUUAAUAAUUAUUAUUAUUUAAAUUUUAACUUAUUGAACGUAUUGCUUUUUAUGUUUAACUGUCGAUCUAUUUUUGUAUUUAUACAUUUAUUUAUGUGUAAGACAACUUGUACUGCAAAUACUGUAGGAGUUCUAAUUAAAAAAGCA